AUGAAUGCGCAGUUGCAAAGGGAGUUGCACAUUCACACCACCAGCCCUGCUGCUAUUGCCACAACCGCUACUGCUGCAGUCGCCACCAAUACUGCUGCCGCUCCUGCCGCUGCUGCUGCUGCUGCUGCUGCUGCUGCUGCUGCUGGAGGUGGUUUGGAUGCAGCAGCGAUAGCUGAAGCCAUUAUGCGGCAACGAGGGAUGGCAACAGUGGCUCAGCGCUUUGCACACCCUGAGUCCGAGGCUCGGACUCAGAGGUUUGGAUCCGAGGCUCACUCUCAGAGGUUAGGCGCUUUCCCCACCUCUGGGGCAAGCCUCUUCCCUGCAUCCUCCAGUGUGCCUGGCGCCAGGCCUGUGCUGCGAGUGACUUCAGACAGCAGUCGCAUGGUGGUGCCCCGCAGUGCAUGGGCGCAGGGGCUGGUGGUUGACCACAUGCUGGGCCGAGGACCCAUGGCUGCUGCUCCUUCACUCCAUGAUGCUGCUGCUGCUGCUGCUGCUGCUGCUGCUGCUGCUGCUGCUGCUGCUGCUGCUGCUGCUGCUGCUGAUGCUGCUGCUGCUGCUGCUGCUGCUUCUGCCUCUGCCACAAGUGCAUGGGCUCAGGGGCUGGUGGUUGACCACAUGCUGGGCCGAGCUGCGCUACAGCCAGCGGGAGCUGGCACUGCGGGAGAAAUGGCAGCCGCUACAGCCGGUCCGUUUACGGCUGCUGCUUGGGCCCGCAUUGGGCAAAGCACAGCUGCGCUACAGCCGGCUGUAGGUGGCACUUCAGGAGAAAUGGCAGGCGCUACAGCUGCUCCUUUUUCGGCUGCUGCUUGGGCCGGCGUUGGCCAAAGCACAGCUGCGCUACAGCCGGCUGGAGCUGGCCCAGGGGGGGAAAUGGCAGGCAGGGGGAUGACAGCCGCUACAGCAGGUCCCUUUUCAGCUGCUGCUUGGGCCGACGUUGGCCCGAGCACAGCUGCGCUACAGCCGGAUGGAGCUGGUACUGUGGGAGACAUGACAAGCGAGAGAAUGGCAGCCGCUACAGCCACUCCUUUCCCUGGUGGGGCUGACACACCCACGCUACAAGGGAGGAGCAGUUACGUCACUACUUUUGGGCCAGGCGCGCUCACACUUCAAGGCAAAAGCAGCCAAGGCGCGGAGACAGAGCGUGGUUCCGAGGGUGAAGAAGGGGGGGACAAGGACGGUGACAGGGAGGAGCAAGAGGGGGUAUACAUUUUCGGGCAGUUGAUAUCCCCUCGCACACAAUAA